CCAGGGCGCUUGUGCUCCUCCCCCGGGAGAGCUGGACUUUGCCAUCUGCCUGUAAACCCCAGUGGUGGACCUACCCCAGGUCUGCAGCCAUCAGGACUCUCAAGCGAUCCAUGGAGGAGGGAGUCCUGUGCAGGCUCCCCAGGCGGGGGGAGAUCGGUGAUAUUAUCCGUGAGUUGUGCGGGAAGACACCCCGCGUUGAGGAAUUAUGUAACGUGACGGAUCCUGCAAAUGUCUCAGAGGAAUCAGCCAUAGAAGAUUUACGUGAUACCGAGGAGGGACCGCCCGAGAUUACAGAUCUACAACUAGACGUCCAUACCGCAAGCAACCUUCUAGAUAUAUCAGAGGACCAGAAAAUAGCAUCAAGGUCCGAAACGCACCGAAAUCGCCCCGAGACGCCAGAAAGAUUCCAGUGGCCUCAGGUCCUCAGCAGUCAGAGUUUCUCCUCGGGGCGACACUCAUGGGAAGUGGUGAGUGGGGAAUCCCGUAGCUGGAUCGUCGGGAUGUGCUACCCAAGCAUAGACCGGACACAAUGGCAGUCGGUGAUCGGAAAUAACCCAAAAUCCUGGUGUUUGGUCAGGUCCGGUAAUCGGUAUUCAGUGAUACACGACAAGGAAGAGCGAAUAUUACCGGGCAAGAUCUCCAGUAACAGAGUCAGGAUCGAUUUAGAUUAUUCAGUGAUACACGACAAGGAAGAGCGAAGAUUACCGGGCAAGAUCUCCAGUAACAGAGUCAGGAUCGAUUUAGAUUAUGAGGCCGGGCAGAUCUCAUUUUAUGAGUUGGGUGACCCAACGCGCCGCCUACACACCUUCACGGCCUCCUUCACCGAGCCCCUCCAUGCUGCAUUAUGUGUAUGGGAGGGUUGUGUGGCCACCUCUAGAGGAGCAAAUAUGGAAGAAGUGCAGCAAACAUCGGAUGUGACGGGAAAUGGAGACCUAAUACUAGACGUGGACACGGCUUAUAACAAGCUACUUAUAUCGCACGAUAAGAAAACUGCCUCUUGGUCGUACCAUCUGCUAAAUCGCCAAAAUACUCUAAAGAGGUUCCAUCGCCCUCAGGUACUGAGCUGCCAGAGAUUCUUCUCGGGACAACACUCCUGGGAAGUAGACGUCGGAGCAUCGGACAGUUGGAGAGUUGGAAUGUGCUAUCCCAGUAUAGACAGGUCAGAAUGGCAGUCGGUGAUUGGAAACAACCGUAAGUCGUGGUGUUUGGUCCGGUUGGAGAACGGCUAUUCGGCAAUACAUGACAGCCACGAGACGCAGUUGCCCGUGAAGAUCUCUGGUAACCGAUUCAGGAUAUUUCUAGAUUAUGAAGCCGGCCAGCUCUCUUUUUACGCCUUGGGUGAGCCAAUCCGCCACUUGCACACCUUCACUGCCACCUUCACCGAGCCCCUCCAUGCUGCAAUAUGGGUAUCGUUGGGUUGCGUAAGGAUAUCUGGGAAAGCAAUUUUAGAGGCCUCGGAGCGGACGCCGGAGCUGUUGGAGGAGGCAGACAUAUUGCUAGAUGUGAACUCGGCCAGUAAUUUUGUAGCGGUAUCAGAUGACGGGAAAAGGGCCUGCUGGACCUACGACAACCAAAAUCGUCCCGAAACACCAAAGAGAUUCCAUGACUAUCCACAAGUGUUAAGCAGCCAGAGCUUCGACUCGGGGCGACACUACUGGGAAGUGGAUGUUGGGCCAGCCUAUAGCUGGAGACUCGGCAUGUGUUACCCCAGCUUAGACAGGGUGGGAAAGCCUGGGUCGGCGGUUGGAAAAAAUGACAAGUCAUGGUGCUUGGACAUGGAUGGUACUCAGUAUUCGGCUAGACACGCCGGUAAUAUAACCCAGUUACCCUACUAUAUAUCCAGUAACAGAAUCAGGAUAUAUCUAGAUUACGAGGCCGGGCAGCUUUCGUUUUAUGAGCUGCGAGACCCGAUCCGACACCUCCACACCUUCACUGCCACCUUCACCGAGCCCCUCCAUGCCAUAGUAUGUGUCUGGGAGGGUUAUAUGAGGAUAUCUGGUGGAGGAUCGGCACAUGUGGAGUUACCUAUUAACUAGG